CAAUGGCAAUGCAAUGCAGCAGCAGCACCUCCUCCCAUGCCUAUAUGGAGACGCCGCACCUUUCGUCUCCCUCCCAUCUCUGCUUCUUGCUUGCUUCUCCUCUGUUUCUUGGAGAGACAUCGUCUUUAGCUUACUAGCUUAGCUAGCACGCGCGCGCAGCCAUGGUGGUCUUGGCGAAGGGCGAGCUGGAGCAGAUCGCUCUGCCGGCGGCGGUGCAGAAGGCGGCGGCGCCGCCGCUGGCCGACGUGCCGGAGGUCGACCUGGGCGGCUGCUGCAGGGCGGCCACGGCGCGGGCGGUGGUGGCGGCGUGCGAGGGGCACGGGUUCUUCAAGGUGACCGGGCACGGCGUGCCGGCGGCGCUCCUGGCGCGCGUGGAGGCCGCCGCGGCGGCGUUCUUCGCGAUGCCGCAGCUGGAGAAGGAGGCGGCGGCGGGGAGCCCGUUCGGGUACGGCAGCAAGAGGAUAGGCUGCAACGGGGACCUCGGGUGGGUUGAGUACCUCCUCCUCGGCGUCGCCGCCGCCGGCGCCGCGCCAUUGUCCGUGCACGGCGAGCCGUCGCCGUCGUUCUGCUCAUUCCGUGAUGUCCUAAACGAGUACGUGGUGGCGGUGCGAGCGAUGGCGCGCGAGGUGCUGGGGCUGAUGGCGGAAGGGCUCGGGCUGGAGGAGGAGGACGCGCUGGCGAGGCUGGUGUCGCGCGACGACAGCGACACGAUGCUAAGGGUGAACCACUACCCGCCCCACCCCGAGCGUGAGCGUGAGCCGGAGCCCGGCAGGCUGACCGGCUUCGGCGAGCACACCGACCCCCAGAUCAUCUCCGUGCUCCGCUCCAACGACACCUCCGGCCUCGAGAUCUCCCUGCGCGACGGCACCUGGGCCUCCGUCCCGCCCGAUCGGAGCUCCUUCUUCGUCAACGUCGGAGAUGUCUUACAGGUGCUGACGAACGGGAGAUUUCGGAGCGUGAGGCACCGGGUGAUGGUGAGCAGCGCGCGGCCGCGUGUGUCGGUCAUCUUCUUCGCCGGGCCGCCGCCGUGGGAGAGGCUGGCGCCGCUGCCGUGGCUGGUGGCGGAGGACGGCGGCCGGCGGCGGUACAGGGAGUUCACCUGGCGGGAGUACAAGGCGUCUGCCUACAGGACCAAGCUGGCCGAGAACAGGCUCUGCUAUUUCGAAGCAGAAGCUCACUGAUUUUCUUUUUAACAUUUCUUCUUUAAUUUACUAGUGUGUACAGACUGUUUGUUUGUGCUUUUAUUUUGUGCUUUUUGAUUUCUUGUUUUCUUUUUGCCCGUCGUGUUUGUAAUGGCUGGUAUACACGUGUUGACGAGCAAGGUUUUUUCGUGUUGAUACAAGCAGCACACAGCAGAUUAGCUC